AUCCCUCUCUCCUUUAAAAAAAUCCCAUUUAAUCUGAUUACCUGCUGUUACAAUUUUCUUUUUGUUUGUUUGCUAAACACAAAGAACAAGAAGAACAGCAAAGGAACACUACCAGUCUACCACCAUUUACUUACUCUCUCUUUCUCGAGCCCCUACCUUCUCUGCUUUCACUACUCGUCUAGGCCUGCAGACUGCAGUGCUCUCUCUAUGCCCCCUUUGCUUGGAGCUUUCUUCUUCCUUGUUUCUCUUCUGUCAUUAAUUUCUUGUCUCCCUUGUUUCUGAACUCUCCAUCUGUUUUGGUAAUGUCAAACCGAAGAAACCCACCUUUACCCAGUUGAGUUCUUUUGUUUUAGGCUCAUUUCAGUGCAGAAGAUUUUGUGUUCUCCCUAAAAGGCAAAGAGAUGAAAUGGGUUGUUCUCAAACACCCCAAAGAUUGAAGCUUUCAGCUGACAUCCGGUGUUUUCUAAAUAAAUAUGGAGGUUCUAGCUGUGGAAUACCCACAGAAAAUGCAGCAUUUUCCUCCCCGUCCCUCUGAAAAUCCUUCAACAACAAACAAAACCUUGUUUUUGCCAACUCCCUUUUCAUCCCCAAAGAAGAAUAAGCGGAUUCUUCGAAAGGAACACAGAAGAAAACCACCUUUUCUCACUUUAAACUUUCCAUCACUCUAAAAUAAAGAAGAUACAGUAGUAACCUCCCACGCCUGCACAAAAAGCCCAAAGUCCAAAAAUAAGCAGCAACAUCUAAGCCAGUCAAACCCCAGUUCUUUUAUUUUUUGUUUUAACUUGGAAGAGUGACAAAAAAACUACAGAAAAACAUGGGAUGUGUUGCCUCCAAGCUAGAAGAAGAAGAAGAAGUGGUGUCUAUUUGCAAGGAGAGGAAACGGCAGCUGAAGCUAGCAGUAGAGAAGAGACAAGCACUAGCAGAAGCUCACUGCAGGUACUGUCAAUCUCUCUAUGCAGUAGCAGCAGCAAUAAAGCUGUUCGUGGCUCGCCAUGCUUCACCAGCUUCACCAUUCCUCAUUACAUUCCCACCUCACAGCCCAUCUGCUUGCCAACCUAAAGAAGAAGGGAAUAAAAGCAACGUGGUAAACAACCCAAUGUUUAUUGAAGAAAGGCCUUCUGAGUCGACCAUUGAAGAGGCCAAUGCUUGUGAGUCUUGUGAUUCAUCAACAACUUCCUCGGAUUCCAGCGAGGAAGAAGAAUGUACAGAAGAGAUGGUGAGGCAGCAACAACAAGAGCAUGAGCAUCAGAGUUAUGGGUACUACUACAUGCAAAUGCCACCACAGCAAGCUGUGGUUCAAGAGUCGCCAGGUGGAGAUUUUGGGUGGGAUUUCUUCAACCCUUUUGAUGUGAUGAAGCCAGAGGUUAUGAAUGGGUACAGGAGGAGUUUGGAUGAUAAUUUGAGGGUGGUGAGGGAGCAAGAAGGCAUUCCUGAGCUGGAGGAAGAAGGGAGUAUUAGAGAGAAUGGAAAUGAGCAAAGGGUGUUUGUUGCUGCUGAGGAAGGGAAAGGUGGAGAAGGUUUUGAUGGUGGGGAUUUGGUUAAGGUGCGUGAUGGGAAUAAUGGGGAUGGAAGCUCAGUUGAACAGAAGAGGCAUUCAGUUAUGGAGUCACCAGAAAAAGGGAGGGAACUGUUGGAUGCUCUGAAGGACAUUGAGGAUCAUUUCAUUAGAGCUUAUGACUCUGGCAAGGAUGUUUCCAAGAUGCUUGAGGCGAAUAAGGUUUACUUGCAGUCUGGGAUGGAGGAAAUGAAAGAGAAUUUUAACAAGCCAAUCCUAGCUCUACCAUGGCACAGGUCAACCUCGUUCAGACCCUCAUGCAAAAGCUUAGUGGCUUCUAGCUCUAGAAGCACAUCGACAUGGACGGAAUACACAAACGAUCUCUUCGACGGUUGUGGAGGGAUGAAUGCUGGAAGCCAUUCCUCAACGCUUGGAAGGUUGUAUGCAUGGGAAAAGAAACUUUAUGAAGAAGUCAAGGCUGGAGAUGCAACAAGAAAGCUAUACGAGAAGAAAUGUUCAAGGCUGAGAAGCCAUGAUGUGAGAGGCGAGGAUGAACUCAACAUGGACAAAACAAGAGCUGCAAUCAAGGACCUUUAUGCUCGAAUUCUCGUAGCAGUUCGUAGUGCUGAAUCGAUCUCGAACAGAAUCGAGAGGUUGAGAGAUGAAGAACUGGAACCUCAAAUUGUAGAGUUGUUAAAAGGCCUAACCCGCACUUGGAAGAUCAUGUUGGAAUCCCAUGAAAACCAGAACAAGAUUCUUUCUCAAGUAAAAACAUUUGAAUGUCCCUCAGCUGGGAAGUUCAGCAAUGACUCCCAUCGUCUUGCCACCCUCCAGCUCGAGGCCGAGCUUCUCAACUGGCGCACCUGCUUCACAGAUUAUGUCACAGCAUCAAGAUCCUACGUGGCAUGCCUCCACAGCUGGCUGACCAAGUUCUUGGUCCCUGAAGUUGAAUUCUACUCCAGAACCAGAAGAGUUGGUCAAAGCUCACCAUCCCUUCCCUCUCAAGCUCCCCCGGGCCCUCCACUGCUCACCAUCUGUCGAAAAUGGCUCUCAUCGAUGGAAAAGCUGCCAGAAGUACACUUGUCGUUCGCGUUGAAGGGAUUUGCCAAAGAUGUGAGGGCAUUGUGGGUUCAGCAAGGGGAAGAGCAGAAGCAGAAGAGGAAAGUCGAGAGCUUGGGCAAGAUGCUUGACAGGAGAACCGUGUCGUUUCACAGGACCGAGACUCGGUUGCUUGAGACCAAGCUCAUCGAGUAUAAUAAUGGAGAGGAGAAUGUUAAUUCGGUGAACCCUUUCGAGCAUUUGGCCGAGAGGAAAGACGAGUUGGAUUUCUUGCAGAAGAAGGUUGAGAUGGAGAGGGAGAAGCAUUACAACUAUGUCCAGGAGACUUCCAGGGUCACCUUGAGUGGGUUUCAGACAGGGUUUUCCAGUGUUUUCAAGGCGUUGACCGAGUUCUCCAAGGCUUCCAUGAACAUGUAUAAUGACCUUGUAGUAACCAGCUGCAGUCAGAGCAAUGGGAAAAUGGAGAGUCAACCAUGUGUGGAGAGCUCCUCCCAGGUUGAAGAAAGGGAAGCCCGGUGACAAAGAGGUAAUUUGUUUAGGGUUUGGUUAAUCUUUUAGUAGAGUGGGGUGUUUAGAUAGAGGGAUUGAUUAUUGUAUAUUGUAUUCGUACGUUACACAUCAUGUUGUCUAAGCAGCUCGCUGAGACCAUCAUGUGUUCGUUUAUACUCUGGUUAAUCUGUGUCAUUAGAGCUAAUGAGCACUGUAGGUGGAGAACUUUGUGCUAGACCAAGUUCAUCGGCUUCCAGCCAUGUAUUUAGUAACGGAAGCUUUAGGCAGAGGCAACAUUUCUGAUUUCUGUAUUCACUAAAGGUCUAAAGCUUAAGGUGGAGAGAUUCUCUGUUUCCUUUUUCUGGAGAGAUUCAAUUUCCAUAGCUUGGCCUAGUAAAAGACUUGAUUUCAAACGGAGAAGAACAAAUGAGCUGUUUAUAUACAUUUCAAGUCGGAAUUCGUGGCUAACCUCCUAAGUCCCAACUAGAUGAAGGAAUCAGCAUAAUUGGAUUUCUGUGUGAAAGACAAAAGCCAGUUUCUUCUGGUAGAAAAGAAACGUGCGCUGUAACUAAGAAACAGGGCACUGCUGCUGCCUCUAUUGGAAAACCGGUAGGUCAAUCCUCGGUCUUUCUCCAAUGGCUGCAUUUACUCCAAUGGCAGGGACAAGGCUACUCGAGGAUGCUUCUCCAGUUUCAUUUGCCAUCUUUAGGAAGGUAAACAUACCACCGUGUAUCUGCAGUGAGCUCAGGAUGGAAGGCAGUCCCCAAUAUGUUCCCCUGCUUCACUGCUACAAUGACUUUCUUCUCAGGGACAGCAUUUUCCUAC